UUCGCUCGUUUCAUACAAUCAAGAGAACAUAGACGUCAGUUGUUUGUCUUUGGCAACACUUGCUGUUUUGUUUCAAGUGGAAAAUAAAAUUGUAUUUUAUUGCCCACAGCAAGCGAGCGAAUAAAAUUUCAGAAAGAUUUUAUAAGCAAAUAAAUUAUUCGUUUCAUUCAUAGAUUGUCCUAAUAUCCGGAUUCAGCGAUGCGCUAGAUGAGUGUUGAUCACUCACAAUACAUUCAAAGAACGGGCGAUCAUUAGAGUGCACACAUUUGAAAUGGAUAGAUCAUUUGAAGUGUUCUAAUUUGGUGCAUAAAACAUUCAUUGAAUGUGAUGAUCUUAGUGUGUUGCUUGACAUUGAUCAAAUAAAACUAUUUUUUUAGUGUUGUAAAACCAUUUUUGGCAUGAAUCUGCUCAAGUUUUUUGGAUUUUGUAAUUGAAUAACCCGACCAAGUGUUUGAAAAAAGAGUGUUCAUUUUGAAUUUCUAUCGCAUUAUUUUGAUAUAAUUGUCAAAAUACAUGCUAGCAAUAGCAAUAUGAAACGAAUGAGGUGUAGAAUUGUUUACGUUGUGAGCAUAUUUUUGGAUUGACACGAGAGUCGUCUACAGAGAAAUUUCGUGUAAAAUCUCAUUUGCAUAGCCGAGAUUAAAUCACAAUGAAGCAAUUUAUUCGACUGAAACAGUUGAAUCGUAAUCAUUUCUUUUUCAUUGGUUUUGUGGUCGGUUUGAUAUUAACGAUAUGCUUACCAGACAAUGCAUGGGAAAUAACCGAACAAGAAUGUCCGGAGUCAUUCAAUGGCGAUGCACCAAAGGUUCUAGCACAAGAAGAUGAUUUUGAGCCUCGAUUGAAUCUCGUUAAUAAGCCAAUGACGGCGAAAAAAGCGGCCAAAAAUAUCAUUCGACCCAGAUACUAUUCAUCUGAGCUUGGAAUACGUGAAAAAUUAUUCGUUGGCAUUCUAACCAAUCAGCAUCACAUUAAUUCCUUGGCCACUGCCUUUAAUCGCACCACCGCACAUCAUGUCGACAAAAUCAAGUAUUUUAUCAAUGCCGCCGACAAUGUGAGAACCAAUUUGAAAUUGAAGAACAUCGUCGGUUUUACGGAUGCACGCAAUCAUUUAAAACCGUUUCACAUAUUGAAAUAUAUUGCCGACAAUUAUUUGGACGAUUAUGAUUUCUUCCUUUUGGCCACCGACACAACCUACGUCAAUGCACGUCGACUGUUGAAACAAUUGAAUCACAUUAGCAUCAGUUUUGAUGUGUACAUUGGACAUAAGCGUGAUGCCAGCGAUAUUGUAGACAGUGAUGAGCACAGCCGAAUGAUGGAAACCGAACGAGACUAUUGCGAUUUAAAUGCUGGCAUCAUUCUGAGCAGCAGUCUCAUUCGUAAGAUUCGUGCCAAUUUGGAUUGGUGCGUUCGUAAUGCGGCCACAAAUUCGGAUAGUUUGAACAUUGGCAGAUGUGUCAAAUACUCAAGUAAAAUUACUGGAUGCCAACAGAGUUUUCAGGGUGUAAAUUUUCCAAUAUACCGUCUGCAUACGUACAAGCUGUACAGAGAUUUGCAUUUUUUGUACAGCGAUCCGUCAUUUAACAAUGCAUCAAUGAUCCAUCCGGUGAAGGCGGCAGAAGAUUUCUACGUACUUCAUUCGUACUUUUCAAAGUUGAACUUGGAAUCCAUUCACGCGGAAAGUCGACAAUUGGAUGAGACGGUGAAGCGAAUAAUGAAUGGCAGCAUUUCGAAUGAUAUUUUACAAGUACGUUGGCCACUUGGGGUGCCACCAACCAGUAUGCCGGAGACAAGACACGAUUUACUAACAUGGUCUCUCAUGAAUGAAACGCAUCAAAUCAUGCCAAACUCCGAAGAGAACAUAAAAUUACAUUCAAAAAUCGACCAAGAGGAUGUGAAACGUGUUUUGACUAGAACAUUGAUCGAGGCAAAGAAAAUUUAUCCAAAUUUGGUCUACAUCCAUUUGCACUCACUCUAUCGCAAGUUUGAUCCAGUACGUGGAAUGGACUAUCAGCUGCACUUAAUGUUCAGUGAUAAGAAUGAUGGAAACGAACACAUCGUGAUGAAAAGUUUUGAGGCUGUGAAGCCAUUGGGUCGCGUUGAAAUUGUUCCAUCGCCUUAUGUGACGGAGAGUACGCGAGUGGCAUUAUUGCUGCCAACAUUUGAGCAUCAAACCAAGGAGACUCUCGAUUUUAUGGCUCACUAUGAAAAAACCUGCAUGGAACAUCAAGACAACACAUUUUUGAUGCUGGUGCUACUAUAUCAAGCCAAUUCACCGAGUAAAGCCGAAAAUGAUGUAUUCGCCGACUUAAAAUCAAUGGCAUUGCAACUGUCCGACAAGUAUAAAAGCGAUGGCUCUCGUAUCGCAUGGGUGUCAAUUCGAUUGCCAGAGCAAUUUUCGAACACGUUCGACGGAAUUCAUUCAUCAAUUUAUAGCUCCAUGUAUGGCAGUCAAGAGAUUCUCAGCAUUGUUGUAACCGAUUUGGCCCUUCGGAAGAUUGGUCUAGACAGUUUGGUGAUGCUUUGUUCCAAUAGCAUGUCAUUCAAACCAGACGUUUUGAAUAGAGUUCGUAUGAGUACAAUUCAAGGAUUUCAAGUGUUCAGCCCAAUUGGUUUUGUUAACUACCCGUGCAAAUAUACCAAUUUAUGCCGAGAAUGUGAAUCGUGCGAUGUGAGUCAAAGUGCGGGAUAUUUUGAUCGCGAAAAUUCCGAUGUGAUUUCAUUUUAUAGCAAGGACUAUGUCAAUGUCCGAAAAUCAAUGGAAUCGCUAGUUCCCAUUGUUCGAUCUGAUAAUCACAUUGAGAGUAUUUUUCAUCGUGAGGACCAAUCGAUUGUGAACGUAUUGGAUUUAUUCAUUAAAUCCAACUCUGGCAUUCAUGUGAUGCGUGCAAUCGAACCGAAUCUACGUCUGGGCCGAAUAAUCAAAAACUAUUUGAAUGUAACGAAUUCGGUUCCACAAUGCGAACUAUGGGAUACGGAUCAAAGCUCAAAAUGCUUACACAUCGCAUCGCGGAAACAAAUCGGUGAUGCUCUGAUCAAAUACAAAGAGAAUAAUAAAGUAUGAGACUAAAUACAGUGAUAAUAUGUAUGUGCCUUGUCGUAUGCGUAGGAAGUCGUGUUCAAAUGCUCACAAAAAGUGCUAUAAAUGUAAGGAAAAACCCAUGGAGAAUAUUUUUCACUCAUAAUUGUACUAAAUCGUAGAGUCUAUGUGCUAAAUGGUGUUUUAAUAUUUUAAUUUCACAUUGAAAAACUGGUAUAUUUUGAAAAGACAUAGGGAUUUUAGGCUAUAAUAAAUUUUAAGUUGUGCAUCAGAAAUUCCAAAAUAAUCACAUAAAAAGACAUUGUAUUUAAAGUGUGUACACUUAAUAAAUUGCCAAAGUAAUUCUACUUCGAAA